AUGGGGUGUUUGGUUAGCCGAGAGGUGUCUUCUGGAAAUGCAGAAUCCCCUGUAGAUAAGGAAAGGAGAAAUCCAAUUACUGUAGAACAUGUGAGUGCUAAUGUAGAGGAGCAUGUAAAUGUAAACAAGGAGGAGCAGAAAGCUGAUGGAUGUUCGGAUCGUCCACGAGCUAAACGGAGAAAGUCGAGGAAGGUUCCGAGGCCGACGAACUUGCCAAACCAUUCCCAGGGAGAGCAAGUUGCUGCUGGAUGGCCUUCUUGGCUCACAGCAGUUUGUGGAGAGGCUCUCAAUGGUUGGAUUCCUCGGAAGGCUGAUACAUUUGAAAAGAUUGAUAAGAUUGGACAAGGAACGUAUAGCAAUGUGUAUAAAGCUAAAGAUAUAAUUACAGGUAAAAUUGUUGCACUGAAGAAGGUUCGAUUCGACAAUCUCGAACCCGAAAGUGUGCAAUUUAUGGCUAGAGAGAUUCUCAUUCUUAGGAGAUUAAAUCAUAACAAUGUUGUGAAAUUGGAGGGGUUGGUUACAUCACGGAUGUCUUGUAGUUUAUACUUGGUGUUUGAGUAUAUGGAGCAUGAUUUAGCUGGUCUUGCUGCGAAUCCAUCGAUCAAAUUUACGGAAUCUCAGGUUAAAUGUUUCGUGCAACAACUGCUAUCUGGACUGGAACACUGUCAUAAUCGUCGGGUGCUUCAUCGUGACAUUAAAGGAUCUAACCUUCUCAUUGAUAGUGGGGGAGUGCUUAAGAUAGCUGACUUUGGAUUGGCUUCUAUCUUUGAUCCGAAUCACAAGCACCCUAUGACGAGUCGGGUGGUUACGUUAUGGUAUCGACCUCCUGAACUUCUUCUUGGAGCAACUGAUUAUGGAGUUGGUGUAGACCUCUGGAGUGCUGGGUGUAUACUGGCUGAGUUAUUAGCUGGGAGGCCUAUUAUGCCUGGUCGUACAGAGGUAGAGCAACUACACAAGAUAUACAAGCUUUGUGGCUCCCCUUCAGAUGAAUACUGGAAAAGAGCAAAACUUCCAAAUGCAACCUUAUUUAAGCCCAGAGAACCUUAUAAAAGAUGUAUAAAGGAGACGUUUAAAGAUUUCCCGCCAUCUUCACUGCCCCUUAUCGAAACGCUUCUUGCAAUUGAUCCAGUAGAACGAAAGGAAGCGACAGAUGCGUUAAAUAGCGAGUUCUUCAUGACAGAACCUUUAGCUUGCGAACCUUCCGACCUCCCAAAAUAUCCUCCCAGUAAGGAGAUGGAUGCUAGAAGACGAGAUGAUGAAGCUCGGAGACUAAAAGCAGCUAGUAAAGCCCAGGGAGAUGGAACGAAAAAAACACGCACACGUUUUCGGGCUAUUCCAGCUCCUGAAGCCAAUGCCGAAAUACAAACUAAUAUCGACAGAAGGCGCAUAAUUACACAUGCAAAUGCAAAGAGCAAAAGUGAAAAGUUCCCCCCACCACACCAGGAUGGAGAGCUUGGCUAUACGCUAGGACAUUCACGUCAUAUCGACCCAUCCCGUGUUCCUUCCGACGUACCAUUCAGCUCGACGACGCUUUUCACUUUUUCUAAGGAGCCACUCCAAGCCUGGUCUGGUCCACUAGUCCCUGGCUCUGGCACUGAUGCUCCUACUAGAUACAAGAAGCAUGUAGGAGGUAAAGGCAAGAGAAUCAUGGUCUGAACUUUUGACAAGAUUGUGGUUUUACUGCCUGUUUGCUGAUAGCACUAUCAUCAAAUGAUUCCCAUUGUUCAUCCAAAUUGGUAAUCAACCAGCCUGGUCUACUCUCAGCUUAGAAGAUCAUGAAGUAAGAUCUGAGAGGUCGAGCGGCAUCGAUUUUUUGGUAUUCAUGGUAUUCGUAGCUGCAUCAACCAAAUUUCUCCGCUCGAAAAGUGAUGAGAAAUUUAACAAAGUUAUGUAUAUGUUGAUUUGUUGUAUUCCCAAUUUUCCUUGUUGAAGUUAUAGUGAGACAUUCUACAGAUAGUGACCAAUAGAGUAAAAAAAAUAUCAUUCUUGGCCUUUGAAUA